AUGUGUUCGCGACGCGCAAUCCUCUCGACUCUGAUAGUGAACGUCAAGGAGAUCAACGACCACAUCUUGAACUCCCUCGACGGUCAUCUGUACGAGCUGAGGAGCGCCGACACAGUCGACAGAGAGAACGACGAUGGCCUGGAUGUCGACGUUCAACUCCUGAACACGGCUACUGGCAAGGGCGUACCAGACCAUGUUCUGCGGCUGAAGAUCGGCUCUGUUUGCCUCAUUAUGAGGAAUCUCAACAUCGCUGAAGGACUCGUCAACGGCACUAAAGUCAUUGUAAUCGGCAUCUCCAACCGUCUGAUUACAGUGAGACUUCCCGGACAGACGCAACCUAUCGGAAUUCCCCGGAUUACCUUUACUUUUGCGUUUGUCGAGGGUUCGCCGUUACGUGUUCGUCGACGUCAGUUCCCACUGAUGUUGGCCUAUUGCAUGACCGGACACAAGAGCCAAGGUCAGACAAUAGAUUCAGUCGGUGUUGAUUUACGGACCGAUUGCUUCACGCACGGGCAACUAUACGUUUUGCUCAGUAGGGUCAGACAUCCAGACCAUAUUGUUGUUCUCGUACACCCCGAACGUGUCCGAGAUGGAAUCGCAUACGCAAAGAACAUCGUGUAUGGCGAUCUCCUUCUCUAA